CAACAGGACAGACAGACGAGGCUAUCUCCUCAGAAGCUGCAGCGACAGAGGAGUUGUCCAAAGCCUAAACACCAAGCAAGCAACAGGGCAAAAGGGGUUUCGCUGAUUGGUUUGUAUUGGGUGUGGUCAGAAUGGCUACAGCAGGUCCACCAUGGUAUCACUUGGACAUUAGCCGAGCUCAAGCUGAGGAACUGCUCGCCAAAGCUGGAAUGGAUGGGAGCUUCCUGGUGAGAGGCAGCGAGUCAGUGGUUGGAGCGUAUGCACUUUGUCUGCUGUAUCUAAAACAAGUUUAUACAUACAGAAUUUUGCAAGAUGAGGAAGGGUUUCUGGCUGUACAGACUGAAAAGGGUGUCCCAGUGAGGAAAUUCUCAUGUCUCACCGAUCUAAUGUUAAACUAUCAGCAACCCUUUCAAGGGCUGGUCACACCGCUACAAUAUCCAGUGGAGAGAGAAAAUGAAAAAGAGAUGAUGGAUGAUUUUUCAGAUGGUGAGGAUGAGAAACCAGCCUUGCCUCCUCGUCCAUUGAGUACCUCCAUCACUUCACCAGAAGCAAAAAACACCUUAAGUCAACAGCUACAGGAACGUUUACAGGAGGGGUCUUUGAAAAGUGAGUGUGCUGCUUUGCUGAGUGAUUACUUGAAGAUGAGUCUUCAUAAAGACCUUGAUGCUAUUGGUGCAGGGAACAUAGCACUGGUACAUCUCAACAAGACCAUUAUGAAGUUAUGCAAAGACCUGGACAGGGAGAUAGAUCUGGUGUACAGCAACCUUGAGGCAAUAGUGCAAGUGUUUGGUGGGAAUACCCAUUUCAACACAGCCAAAAAAGAGGAGCCUCUCAGUCCAAGUGGUUCUAAUGAACUGGAAAUCCUCAUCAGUAAAAUUAAAAAUCUGGGCAAUAUGCUGCCGAACAUGGAAGAAAGGGUGUUGAAGGGGUUGCAGCUUAUGAUGAUCACAAACGGGGUGGAAUUACCUGUUCACUUAACAUCUCCUGAAAACAAUGGCAGGAAUGCAUCCAAACCCAUCCCAAUCCAGAGCUUCGAGGUAAAGUUUGGAAAGACUCAGAAAUAUACAUUGAGUGUUGAUGUGGAUGGGGGAAAACUUCAAAUCUCAAAGAAAGCCGCCGGAUCACCCGAGGAAUCUAUUUCAAAUGAUAAGAUUUUGCAAUUGGUUAAAUAUCAGAGCACACCAAACACACUACAGAUUGUGACUGACAAAGAAAAUCAGAAAAAUCAGCAGAGGGAUUUCAUUUUUGAAAACGCAAGGAAGCGUGAAGCUUUCUGUCAGCUCCUUCAGCUUAUGAAGAACAUACACUCUCAGCAGGAUGAACCAGACAUGAUAUCCAUCUUUAUUGGAACCUGGAACAUGGGUGCUGCUAAUCCUCCAAAAAGCAUUGCUUCUUGGCUAAUGUCAAAGGGCCUUGGACGUACAAGAGAUGAAACAACAGCCACUAUACCCCAUGAUAUCUAUGUGAUUGGCACCCAGGAGAACUCGCUAGGUGACAAGGAAUGGGUGGAUUUCCUGAGAGCCGGAAUAAAAGAUGUAACAGAAUUGGACUUCAAAGUGAUUGCCACACAUUCAUUAUGGAGUAUUAAAAUUGCAGUGUUGAUCAAACCAGACCAUGAGAACCGAAUCAGUCACAUCAACAUGUCCAGUGUUAAAACAGGCAUAGCAAAUACGUUCGGUAAUAAAGGUGCAGUUGGGGUUUCAUUCUUAUUUAAUGGAACAUCCCUGGGUUUUGUCAACUGCCAUUUGACAUCUGGUAGUGAAAAAGUCCUCAGGCGAAACCAGAAUUACUUGGACAUACUCCGUUUGUUAUCACUGGGGGAUAAGCAGCUCAGCUCAUUUGAUAUUGCUCUGCGCUUCACCCAUAUCUUCUGGUUCGGAGAUCUUAAUUAUCGUCUGGAUAUGGAUAUCCAGGAUAUUUUAAGUCACAUCAGCAAAAAGGAAUUUGAGCCAUUAUUGAGUGUAGACCAACUGAACCUGGAGCAAGACAAAAGAAAGGUGUUUCUGAAAUUCUAUGAGGAAGAAAUCACGUUUCCUCCUACUUAUCGAUACGAGCGAAAUACCAGAGACAUCUACUCAUGGCAAAAACAUAAAACCACUGGGAUACGAAUAAAUGUUCCUUCUUGGUGUGAUAGAGUCCUGUGGAAAUCUUACCCAGAGACAUAUAAUCAAUGUACCUCAUAUGGUUGCACUGAUGACAUUAUGACCAGCGACCAUUCACCUGUCUUUUCCACAUUUGAAAUUGGGGUAACUUCCCAGUUUGUGUCUAAAAAAGGUCCUGGUAACAGCUCUGGGCAGGCCUGCAUUGAGUUUGAACUCAUUGAAGCCAUUGUGAAGACAACAUGCAAAACAAAAUUUUUCAUUGAAUUUCACUCAAGCUGUCUGGAAGAAUUUAAGAAAAGUUUGGAUAAUGCUUUGCAGAUUUGUAUUAAACAUGGAUUCCUGAGAGUUCAGUGGUCUGCACACCAGUUGCCAAUGUUGUCUCCAAUUCUGUCUGAUAUUGAGUACUUACAAGACCAACACCUCCUGCUGACCAUAAAAUCCACAGAUGGAUACGAAUCCUAUGGAGAGUGUUGUAUUGCACUGAAGUCCCUCAUUGGAAACACACCACAGAUGUUUGAGACAGGUUUGUCUCACCUGGGAGAUGAGUCGGGCUCUAUCCGUGUUACGAUGAGGGUCGUUGUUCCUGCUGAACGCAAAAGAACUCGGGAACGUCUUUAUGAAUGGAUUAGUUCAGAGAGAGAUGGCAUCCGGUCCCUGAAAGAUAAGUCGAUAUCUUCCAAACCAAUCCAGCACAACCCUGGAGGCAGUGAGAAAAAAUGUGGUCAGAAUUCAGCGUUCUCUGAAGUCAUCAGCUCCAUGUUUUCCAAUUGGCCUGAUGAUGGCCCUCACCCUGGGAGUACUGGUGUGGGAAUUAAAGGGAAAGGCAAUGAAGAGGUCAUUCAAUCAAGGAUGAAACAAAAUAUUCCUGCCGACGAUGAUUCCUAUUUGAACAGUUUCAACAACCCAGCCUACUUUGUACUUGAAGGAGUUCCUUUCCCCCAGUCUGGAACAGGCAGUCAGGAAAAUUCAGUGUCAAAAACUAUUCCCAGGAAUAUGCCACAACCUUUUCCUCCAACAGUGGCGGAAAAACCGAGAGACCCCUCCUUCCGACACUUGAACAGUGAAGGAGGCUCCUUAGACCACGAAGGUCUGCGCGGCUCUUACGAUCAGUCCCAGCACACUUUCCCCAAAGUAGGGGAGGUUGAAAUGCAGAACAACCCACUUUAUGCCAGUUCUGCUGAUGUAUGGGGUAAAACUCACCAGCCUGUGCCAUCCAAAACUAACCAAGAGUGGCACAAGGCUGCAACGACAACCAGGGAUUCCCAGGAAUUCAAAGCGCCUACCACAGCACCUAGGAGCUUCUCCAGGGCUCAGCUGGCAGGCAAGAGUGGGCCUCAGGCAUCACUGAUCAAUGAGGUCCGAGACAAACUCUCUGAAAGAAAACUGGACGACUUCCAUUCGACAAAAUCACUGAGCAGCAAAGACCGCCAAGUCAACAAAUAUGAACUCCCCCUUCCUGUUCGAGAACGGCCAGCAGUGAGUCCUCGGUUACCAGCCAGAAACAAAGUAACAGCAGAGUUUCAACCUCGGCCUACACGAACGGAUGUACCUCCACCACUACCUGUCAAGAGCAGAACAAUGGAGGCUGGGAACUUUGACAAUCGUAGCAACUCAAGUUCUCUGUCUGAGUUCCUGAAGCAUUUGGGUUUGGAAAAAUAUGAAGCAGGUUUGGUUGAGAACGGAUGGGAUAAAUUGGAAUACUGGAGUGGCAUUGCUGAAGAGGAUUUGCUGGAGGCUGGCAUCAUUGAUCCCAUUCACAGGAAGUUGCUUCUGGAAAUAGCGUCCCAACACAAGCCUUGACGAGCAACCCAGGCAAGAAAGACAGCAGACUACAUAAAUGUACUUUAUCGUUUCUCUCAAUUCAGAAAUGAUUCUUAAACUGAACAAAAACGAAUAUUGUGUAAAUAUCAAAUCAGAGCAUAUUCUGAUAGUUCUUUGAUAUGUUUGGAAGGGGUUAACAUUCAAUCAAGCUUCCAGCAUCACUCUGGCCAAGAGACCAGGAGGAAAACAGCAAUGACCGCACUGCGUUUGGAAUUGUCCCUUUCGUCACUUCUGUAAAUCCUUUACCACACACAGAUGAUAGCUAGGGAUCAGAAUCAGGGAUGUAAUCUGGAAGUCAAGCUUCCCAAGCUAGGAAUGGAAUCCAAUGUUGGCAGAUCUUAACACCUAGUAAUUCAAUGGUUUUACUUCCAUUUUUCAAGCUCAGGUACACAAUCUAAUACGGCUGACAAGAACUGCACCCUCAAUACAAGCCAGAAGCUUCAAAUGAGUAUGGACCAAGCAACAGAAAAUGAAGCCAAGGGCACAUGCCUGAAAUAGACCCUUUGCAUAAGAAACUGAGGAGUCUAAGACCUACCUAUCCAGGGUCUCCUCUGGAAAAUUGGUUUACUUUGGACACAGUGAGCACUGGGUUAGCUGUGUUCAGGAAAUCCUGGUUUGCAAAUAACCUGUGCAGUAGUAAAUGGUGGGGCUACUGAAGGCUGCUGUCAAAAAGAUAAACCUUUUAAGAAAAAAAAACACACUUUCUUGACUAUAGAUGAACUGGAGGAAAGAAACUGGACAAAUUGUAUUUUUUAUGCUGUGCCUAAGCUUUCCUGGGCUUCCUGUUGAUUUCACAACAACUUCAUCAGAAUCCUUUUGUUGCUCAUCAACAUCACUCCAACUCCAUAUAAAAGUAUAGGGAAGGUGGUUUUCCUUCAUUUAUAUCUGUGCGCUGUAAGUUUAUGGCCAAAAGCAGAGGCAUAACUGGAACCAGUCGUACUUCUGGUGUUUUCUGAUUUUUUUUAAAAAAAAAGCUUCUCCUCACAAAGACUUGAAUCUUUAUCUUUGAAAAUAUUUUAAUGAAAACUUGGAAAAUGUCCGUGAUUGCCUUUCCCUAAAUGUUGCACUGGAAGUGUUUGAAAACAUAAAGUUUUGAUGGCUCCGAAAUUUAAUUUUCAUAAAGAGAGAAGAUGUUAACAAAGGGAUGUGGAGUAAGUUUAGAGUUUCCUGAGGAUCCUACUUAUUCUCAUUGAUUUUCCUUUGUACAAUUAAGUAGUCGCAAAUUUCUCAGGUUUAGUGAGACCACUAUUGGAGUAUGAUACAGCUUUCAUCUUUUUACCUGAGAAGAGAAGAACUGCUCCGUAGGAGGCACAACAAAGGGUCACUCGGCAUGAUUCCUAGAAUGCACCAACAGUCUCUGGAAGCCAAGGUGCCUUCAUUGAAAGAUUUUAAGUCUCUGAAAGAUGAUGAAAGGGUAACUUGGGAAAGGCUGUUCUCAAGUUCAAUGAAAAUGGGCUGAAAGUUGGGAGGAAUGGUGAAUUGGUAGGAGGUGCUCUUUGCCUUACUGCCAAAAUGCCAUAUUGCCUGUGUUGGUAAAGUUGGCAUCCCACCUGCCCACAAAAUGAAUGGGUUAAAUCACUUAAAAGAGGUCUAUUUCCUGUUUCUGGCUGGCCUUAGAGAGACUGCUGCCAUGAGUAGAGACCUACCAAAUAAACCCUAGUGACGUUCUAGUGCAUACCCAUGGAUGUCGCAGGGCCCUCUAUUUUGGGUAGUCUUCAGCCUGUGGAAGAGCCCCAAUGGGCAUGUUCAUUGGUGAUGGCAUCUCAAUGCACUUGCUAACCACUGCACUCCUCUAACCGUCCCAUUCCUCUCUGACUCUGGUCACCAGGCUCCACUUCCUCCAACCACACUUGCAUUUCUACAUUGGUGCCCCAGCAUUGAUGCACCCUAUUUGUGCAUCCUGACCAGUGCCCACCGCUGAGUAGCAAGCCAUCAGCCCUGAGAUUGGGCCAGCUCUUCUUGUGCUGUGUCUCCACCCUGACCCCAGACCCUGCAGAAACCUCUUAAUUAGCUGCUGCUGGGGAUUGCUGUUGAUUAAAGCAGGGUCAGCAGAGGCACUUUGUCAUCUCAUACACAGUUCAAUGAGGCAUCACCCCUGGCUGGAGAGCCGAGAACACAGGGACACUGUCACUGGACAAGGCGUUCACCAGUUCAGACUGAGAGGAGGAGGAAACUCUUCACUUGCUGAGUUGCCACCAUUUGAAAUUUUCUAUGCAGAGGACUCAGCAUUUGAGUACAUUCUAGGCUGAGAUUGGUAGACUUCUGGAGCUGAGGGAAAAGUGGAGAUGUGGUCAAUAAUAAACUGUUAUCUUAUUGAUGGUGUCACGGCAGUGUGGCCCAGUAUUGCUCCUAUUUAUUGUGUUAUGCUUGUUUUAUGUUCAGAAAUUCUU